AUGGACAGCCUCCAAGGGACCCUCAUGGUCCCGCCUGAACGUGCCCAGCUUCUCGGGAGGGCCGUCUGGAAGGCCCGUCAUGUCGUCAUCGCCAGACGUCCUCCCAUCUUCCGCGACACCAUCUUCUCUCCCAGCAACACCCAGCUCGUAGGCAAUUCACGAGGUGCUUCAGCCUCCCAGCAGCAGCAACAGCAGCAACAGCAGGCUCUACCGCCACCGUCGUCUGCUGACGACUAUCAAAUCUCCAUAUACAAGGCCAGGGACGAUCCCGAACCCGUUCAACAAUGGUGCCUCAGCUGCAUAUCGGAAUGCCAUGUCCAGAAUAUCGCAAAGCGCAAGCAGGGUACCCUCAUACCUACCCUCGUCUUGGCAAUCGUCGAUCGAGAACGCAAACGACGCUCCAGCCGCGCCGGCAGCUUCAUACCCUUAUCCAAGGACUCGGGCUCUACCAGCCUUUGGUUCCGCUCCCCGCCCGAGGGGGAUGACGACGACUCCGACACCCACAGCCUGCACGACUGGGCCAACUUCAUCCUGAACAAGAAGGGCGUCAUCCUCGACGACGGCCCCCCCACCCCUACCACCACCACAUCUAGCCAGCCACACUUCUCACCCCGAGCCCGCGAAGCCUCCGACUACUACCCUCGCCCCGGAAGCGGACCCGGAAGCGGACCCGGGAGCAGCGCCCCCAGCAGCAACCCUGGGAGCGCGCCCCCCGCCACCGGCGGUGGCGUCACCGGCCACAUCAGCCGCUACCUGCACCAUAAGACCUCGGCGGCGACGUACUCAACCUCGACCGGCGGUGGGACCAAUACUAACGCCGGGGCCGGGGCCGGGGCCGGGGCCGGCACUGGCGCCAGCGCCGGCACCCGUGAGAGACCGGUGACCUUCAGCUCUGGCUCGCCCAGCCUGAGGUCCAGGCGGAGCGACGUAUCGUCUCCCUCGAGCAACUACCCCGUGCAGCAGAUGCCCUACGCGCCGAAUCAGCACUACACCACCGUCAUGCCGACCGAUAUUGUUGCGUCCAUAAACGGCGCCGCCGCGGCUGCCUCGAUGGGCGACUACCGGUCCGGUGAGUCGAGCGACGGUACCCGCCAGGUGCGGGACAGCCUGAGCUCCAACGCGACCCCCACCGGCGCCACCUCGUCCGAGGCCAGCUCCCCGCCCGUGUCGCGCGAGACCCUCCUCGACAGGGCCUUCCAGAUGCGCUACCUCCAGGGUGCCGACCACGCCGUGCCGGGCGAGGAGAAGCUGAGCUCGGUCGCCCGCUUCGACGCCCUCAUGCGCGAGGCCGAGGACCGUCGCAAGCAGAAGGAGACGGCCGCCGUCAGCACCGAGGACCAGACGGCCCUCCGCAGUGCCUUCGAGGCCGACGACAGCUCCGAAUCCGACGGCAGCUCUGCGGACUCCGACGACGACCGCGGCGGCGGCGGCAGCGGCUCUACUGACGAAGGUGAAUUCUCAGAUGAGUACCAUCACCACGGACACGGCCGCAACAACCUCAACAACCGCAACAACAACAACAACAACAACAACAACGGCGACGACGACAGCGGCGCUCCACUAUAUUCGCCUUCCACCCAGCGCGCGCUGCAUCACCUCUCCGGUCCGCCGCGAACCUCCGCGCCCCGGCCGCACGCCUCGUCCGUGUCUGGGACCAGCUCGAGGGUCAAUUACCCCCGGAGCCCUGCGGGCUUCCGUGCCGACACGCUCCCAUCCAUCAGGCAGUCGCCGCCGCCGCCGCCGCCGCCGCCUCGUCCUCGCACGGCGCAGGAGAAGCUCCGUCGCGUGGCUGAUCGGCAGCAGCAGCAGCAGCCUGCUGCGUCCCAGAGCGCACAGCACCUCCCGUGGUCAGGCAACGAAGGGGGCGGCAUGGCCGUAGCGGGCGGUAUCCCCGAGGAGUCGACCCCGUCGCUCACGGCCACGACAACGCCUAGGCAGUCCAGCACCAGCACCAGCACCACCAAAAGGUUGAGUUUCACCGACUUCACAAAACGGCUAUCCAGCACCAGUAGCUUAUUGCUCGUCCAGACGAACGCUAGCGGCGGGACCCAGCAGCAGCAGCAGCAGCAGCAGCAGCAGCAGCAAUAUGCUCCACAGCAGCCUCAGCAGCGGCAACCUCGAAGCAGCAGCAGCGGCGGCGACAGAGAUGACGACGACGACACCUCUUCCUCGGAGGAGAAUGACGAUGACGUCCAUCAACCUCAACACCAACAUCGCCAAAGCAUGUACAGAGACGCCCGCCGCCGAGACCACUGA